UGGAAGCAGAGGAGAGCAACAAGACAGGCGCACAGCUGGGGUGACCACAUCACGACGCAACACUGAAAAAAUGGCCAACCUGCUGAGAUCGUGGAUGAUGCUGGCAGCUCUCCUGCUCUGCCUCCUCGUGUGUCUGAGCAGCUUUGCGGACGCUUAUCCUCCUAAACCGGAGAGUCCGGGAAACAACGCGUCUCCAGAGGACUGGGCCAAAUACCACGCAGCUGUCAGACACUAUGUCAACCUCAUCACCAGACAGAGGUACGGAAAGAGGUCGACCCCUGAGCAGGCGAUGGCGUGGCUGCUCUUUGGAGGUGAUUCAAACCAGGAGACUGAACCAAGCUCAGACUACAGCGACCAGUGGUAAAUGAGCCCAGUCCAACCAAGCUGCCAUCCCUCGCUUUGAUCACAACUCAAAAAACGCCAAGUCUGUGGAAAACUCCUGCCCUAGAAUUUGUGAAACUCCAUAUUUGAUUAUUUAAUGUGCAUGCAAAUUUGUCCUCUCUGUUUGUCUUCCUCUCAGUAAACCUGU